GGAAACAACAGAAGUAAAGUUGUUGUGGAAACCCUUAGACUUGUCUUUAGUCUGAGUGAGUGUUUUGGAAAUCCUUUUGAAGUCUCGAUAGAUGUCAUGGAAUGUGUUGGGUGAAGUGGCGUCAGAGUCACAAGAAGUGGGUUUAUUUGGAUUUUUUUGUGUGUCUGCGGAGUACAAGAGGUGUGUGCAUUGUGUCUCAAGAAGAAAUGAGUGGAAUGUUUCGUGUAUGGAUCUUCAAAGCAGAGCGCCUAUCAACAGGAUUAUAUCUGGGAUGGCGCAUAAAGUGUGUACAGAUUUAAUACCUGAGGAAGUAGGUAGUUAUUGGAGCAGGUUGACUUACCCGUAUGGUCAAUUUAAUGAAGAAAUACACUUAAUCCACAAUCUCUCCCUCAUGUAAAGUUGGGCUAUGUGAGAUACCCUUUAAGAGCCUAGAUGCUAAAUAUUUGGUAAGGUGUCAAAUGUUUGCAGACAUGGAGAGUAUCGAAUGCUAGUGGAGGUUAGAUGCUGCAAUUGAGGUGGCAAACAUGCAAUGGUAGUAGAGCCUGCAUCAGUGAAUGUGUGUGUAAAAAUGUGUGCUUUGUAGCAUUUAUUGCAAUGGUCAUCAACUGCACAGCACAAACGGAGAAGAAAUCAGACUAAAUUGGCAUUUGAAGUGCAGCUGAACAUUUUUGGGGGGACUCAGUGAUUUGACAGAAGAGGCAGUAAAAGUAACCCUUUCAACGAAGAUUACUGCCCUAACAGACUCCUGAGCCUGUGUCGGGAUGUGAUUUAAAUUGGAAUGUGACUGAAGGAGGGGGAGUUUUAUUUUUUACUUUGUAUAAUGUCGGUUUCAACCCGUAGUUUACCACCCAUACAGUAGGUGGCGGCAUGCACCUCUAACAGUUGUUUGCGAACCGUCAUAUCAAAGAAGUUAACGGAAGUGACCAGUUACCAAGAACAAUUUCCUCUUUUGAAUUUGUAUUGGUUAUUGAGAUGUUUAUUAACAUCAUUGAAUUCACAAUAUGACCAAUUUAACUAGACAGUAUCACAUACUAACCUCAGGUAGUCUUUAAUUCGCGUUGGAGACGGGACUUGGUUGAUGUAUGUUAUCUAGGUAAUGCUUGCUAGCUGCUAACAAUAAUGGCUAACCUUAAUUGUAUGGUUUUUCACACUCAAAUAGCCUCCGUCAUGGAGGUGCUGGCGAAUGCAGCUGUGGCAGAGAUCUGUAAACUCGUAGACGACGACUAUGCAGUGUUUCGUUUGGAAAUAACUCAAAGCCAGAAAGAAAACAGGGGAUUGCGGAGGAAACUACAGCUACUGGAACUGAAGGUGGCACGGGAGCGCGCAGAGAGGACAAUACGAGAGCGCGUCCUCGCCAGUCGUCCCAGUAGUGUCAAAGUCGUCGACCGAUACAGAAUAGCAAGAGGUGAAGGACAUCUCACUGAAGGCUACAGAAGCAUUGUGAAGCCAGCGGGACAUAAUACAUGGAGAGAUGACCAACCAAUCACUGUUGAUGAGGGGAGUGGAACCUCAACCCAGCACGUUAUCGUGAUAGAAUCUGCAGACGCAGAGGAUGCAGGUCCUGGGGUCAAGCAGGAGAGGACUGGAGGAGAGGAGGACCCACGACACAGCAGAGACAUCCAGACUGGAGCAGCGUCUGGAGUGGCGCCCCCUGUAGCCACAGAGGACCUAUCCACCGCCAUGGCGCCCCAGGCCAAGACACGGCACAGCACCACGGAGGAGGAGGAGGGUCCAGAGGUGCUGCUGGUGAAGGAGGAGGGGUAUGAGGAGGGUCUGGGGAACCCUGAGGGGAACAUGGUCAUGGAGGACAACCAGACUACACCUCCUGAACCGGCAGAGGAACCAGCUGAGCAGUACAGGACCACACACAGCCUCACUGAGUCAGUAGACAUGGAGGAUGGGAAGUCUGAUCUGCUAUUAGUCAAAGAGGAGACUAUAGAAGACGGACCAGAGAGCAUUGACCUGCUGAGUGGACUAAAGAUGGGGGAGCAAGAUGGUUGGCUGGAGGCUAACAGAAGAGACUGGGCGGCCAUCUUGGAAUCCCAGACCCAGAUGGGCGCAGCCAAGGGCCCGGGAGACAACAUCACUGAGCAGGCCAGGACCAGAGGAGAAAUAGUGGAGGUCAGUGGAUGGGACAGCAUCUUCAACUCUGGGCUGGGGAACAACACUGUUAACUUCAACCAGAAACAGACAGUCGAACACAAAACAACAACCGAACUUAGUCUCCAUGACAACAGACUGGCAGAGACCAGAGCGGGGCGUAGAUUUGGUCUGCAGGGAUGGGGAUGUGUCGGUUCGCGGCGGGAGAGAAUAGACACAGACUCGGCUAGUGAUGCUCCGUCCUGCUCCUAUAGUUGUGAUUCAGAGAGACUGAUGGCACCUCAGGUUAACCCCCUAAAAGGUGCUGCCUUCAGCAUACCUUCUAUAGGAUCUAUCAACUGGAACAUGGACCCUGCGACAUCACAGACCCUCCCUGGCCUUCGUCCUCCUCACACUCUCCUUAUGUUAAACCAGACCUCAGACAAUGCCAGUGCCUCAACACUAAAUGGCUACACAAGCCCAUUGACAAAUGACAGUAGUAGUAACGCUAUCAAUAGAUCUGGUGGCAAAGAGAAGCGCUUCCCGUGUUCAUUCUGUGGGAAAGCCUUCAGUUUCCCCAAACAGGUGAAGAUCCACCAGAGGAUGCACACAGGGGAGAAACCUUUCAGCUGCCACCUGUGCCGGGCCAGUUUUUCAGACUCAUCCAACCUGAAGAGGCACCAGAGGGUCCACACAGGGGAGAAACCAUACAACUGCCCUCAGUGUGACAAGAGGUUCUCCCACCAGCACCAGCUGAAGAGGCACCUGAUGGUCCACACAGGAGAGAGGCCGUUCUCCUGUAUGCACUGCGGGAAGAGAUUCUCAGAGAGGAGCUACCUCAGAAUACACCAACAGAAAAUGCACACAACCCAUGUUAUGUAGUAUUAGCUAGUUUGUAGUUAAUUCUGUUGGUUUUCGAUGUAGUACAGAACUGGAUGAGGUAAAAUGAGGAUGAUGAAAAUGAGUGUGAUGAGGAAGUGUAGAUGAUAUGGUGAUAGUUGGUGUGAUGGUGUCUGUAAAAAUGCUUCCCUGAUGAAAAGUGACAGCCUUGUCCCGUUAGAUGCCACUGUUUUAUAAUGAGGCACUGAUAUUGCCUUAAUUCAUGUUUAUUAAUGUAGUGAAGCUGUGUGUAAUGUUGAGCCUAUUUCAAGGCGUUCUAAAAUUAAUUUCUAUCAAAGUGAGGGUACCUGAUUUACACAAAGGAUAAAGUGUUAACAUAGGGAGAAAAGUUAUUCUAGUCACAUGUAUCACUUUAUGCAAUAAAUACUGUACUUCACAAUAUAACAAUUUUGUUGAAAUUAAAUAAAAAAUUGACUCUG